AUGUCAGGUACUCAGUCUGUUGAUCGUGAAAGCUUCCCAGUCUUGAAAAAUGAUUUGAUGUUAAGGGCUGCUAGGGGUGAGGCAGUUGAACGUCCUCCAUGUUGGAUUAUGCGUCAAGCUGGUCGUUACCUACCUGAAUAUCAUGAAGCUAAAGCUGGUAGAGAUUUCUUUGAAACUUGUCGUGAUGCUGAAGUAGCUGCUGAAAUCACUAUACAACCUGUGAGAAGAUAUCGUGGGUUACUAGAUGCUGCUAUCAUCUUUAGUGAUAUCUUAGUUAUUCCACAAGCCAUGGGUAUGAAAGUCGAAUUGAUUGAAGGUAAAGGUCCUCAUUUCCCAGAACCUUUGAGGACUCCAGAAGAUGUUGAAAAAGUUUUAAAUUAUAAGGUUGAUGUAUUAAAGGAAUUAGACUGGGCAUUCAAGGCUAUUACUUUAACAAGAAUGCAAUUGCAAGGUGAGGUUCCUUUGUUUGGGUUCUGCGGUGGUCCAUGGACUUUACUAGUUUAUAUGUCUGAAGGUGGUGGUUCUAGAUUGUUUAGAUUCGCUAAACAAUGGAUCAAUGAAUACCCUGAAUUAUCCCACAAAUUAUUACAAAAAAUCACCGACGUUGCCAUCGAAUUUUUAGCCCAACAAGUAGUAGCAGGUGCACAAAUCUUACAAGUUUUCGAAAGUUGGGGUGGUGAAUUAUCUUCCGCAGAUUUUGAUGAAUUUUCUUUACCAUAUCUAAAGCAAAUUGCAGAAAAAGUACCAAAGAGAUUGUUGGAAUUAGGUAUCACUGAAAAUGUACCAAUGACUGUCUUCGCAAAGGGUUCAUGGUAUGCACUAGACAAGCUUUGUAGCUCAGGUUACCAAACUGUCUCAUUAGAUUGGUCAUGGGAUCCAGAAGAAGCCGUAAAGAUAAAUAACAACCGUGUUACUUUACAAGGUAACUUAGAUCCAGGUGCUAUAUAUGGUACUAAUGAAAUAAUAACUAAAAAAACCGAAAAGAUGAUCAAAGGUUUUGGUGGAGGUAAGAAAAAUUAUAUUGUUAAUUUUGGUCACGGUACUCAUCCAUUUAUGGAUACAGAAAAAAUAAGAUUCUUCCUUGAAGAAUGUCAUAGAAUUGGCUCAGCAUGA